CGGUGCUGGUCCGGGUUGCAGAUGUCUGACCCAACUGAGCAACCUGCUCCCGGGGCCCCCGAAGGGGGAGCUCCCGGUGGGGUCCCCGCUGGGGCACCCCCCAAUCUGAGCAGUAACCGUCGGCUGCAGCAGACGCAGGCCCAGGUGAAGGAGGUUGUUGAUAUAAUGUGUGUAAAUGUAGACAAGGUGCUGGAGCGAGAUGAGAAACUGUCAGAGCUAGAUGACCGGGCAGAUGCACUUCAGGCUGGUGCCUCACAGUUUGAAAGUAGUGCAGCAAAACUCAAAAGAAAGUAUUGGUGGAAGAACUGCAAGAUGAUGAUCAUGAUGGGAGUGAUUGGUGCCAUUGUGGUGGUGGUGAUUGCAAUAACAGAAGGACCUGGGGGUGGCCAUCAUUGUAGAAGUGGGAAAUUCUGUCUGCCAGGUCAGGUGAACCUGUAAGUAUGAGGGGUGUUUACCCUGGAGUGGGUGGGUUGGCAAGUUCCUUCCCUGGUGGGGAAUUUGGAGCUCUUUGAGGGACCUUUGAUGUAACUUGCCCUCUUGUUCUUUCCUUUUUCUUUCCGUAUUGCUUUGUCUCCAGUCUAUUUUUUUACUUGAAUGCAUCUCCUUCAGUCUGCAACCUACUGUCCUGUCACCUUGCCUGUCUCUUCUUAUCCCUGAACCUUUCCUUCCCUUCCACCUAGCUUCUUCAU